AAAGUCGGAGCCGAAGCAAGAGUCCUCACAAUGGCAGAAGUCGGGGCCAGAGCAAGAGUGCCCCCCGUAGAGGAAGUCGGAGUCGAAGCAAGAGUCCCCGCCACAGCAGAAGUCAUGGUCGGAGCAAGAGUCCCCGCCAUAGCAGGAAAUGAGAGCCAGAGCUAGAGUUCUGACCAAACCAAAAAUCCAGGCCAGAGCAAAAGUCACAGACAGUAACAAGACUGCCAGCCACAGUGGGUGUUCCAGCUGUGGCAACCAGGGCCAACUUGUGGACUUCUCAGCUGAAGUCUUCGUUUUCCUUUUAAUCUACUUUUAUGCUCUUUAAGCCUGACUCAUGUUCCUCUCUGCUACCCCCAUAGCAGUCAUGCUAGAAGUCUCCAUUUUGGUUCACACCUCAAGGUUUCUGUGUGCUCUCCUUAUCCCACCUUCCUGGGGUCUGGGAACUCUCCCCAAAUAACCCUCAACCCUGUGAUUCUGAGCAUUAUGGUGUCAGUCUCUGCAUGACCGUAGGCUGCCACAGAGCCGAAAUUUCCUGCCACUCGACUGGCUCUGCAGAAUUUUGACAUGACCUACAGUGUGCAGUUUGGGGAUCUUUGGCCAUCAAUCCGGGUCAGUCUCCUCUCAGAGCAGAAGUAUGGUGCAUUGGUCAAUAACUUUGCUGCCUGGGAUCAUGUGAGUGCUGAGCUGGCACAGCUGAGUGCCAGGGACUUUGUGAAUGAAGCCAUCUGCCACAGGGAACGGGAGCCAGAAAGUGGCCAGACUGCAGCUCCCUCCCCAGCCUCCUCGGCCUACAGUCCGCACAGUCCCAAUCUUCGAUGCUUCACUUUCCCCAGAGGGGAUGUCAGCCGUUUCCCUCCUGCCAGGCUUGGCAGCCUGGGUGUCAUGGACUACUACCUGAUGGAUGCUGCCUCCUUGUUGCCUGUCCUGGCCCUCGGCCUGCAGCCUGGUGACACUGUGCUUGACCUAUGUGCAGCCCCUGGGGGAAAGACACUAGCAUUGCUUCAGACUGGCUGUUGUCGCAAUCUCGCUGCCAAUGAUCUCUCCACUUCCCGAACAGGCAGACUGCAGAAGGUCCUUCACAGCUAUGUACCUCAAGAUAUCAGGGAUAGGAAUCGAGUUCGAGUCACCUCAUGGGAUGGCAGGAAGUGGGGAGAACUGGAGGGGGACACCUAUGACCGGGUGCUGGUGGACGUGCCCUGUACCACAGACCGCCACUCCCUUCAUGAGGAGGAGAACAACAUCUUUCAGCGGUCGAGGAAGAAAGAACGGCAGAUGUUGCCUAUGCUGCAGGUGCAGCUUCUCGCGGCUGGACUCCUUGCUACCAAACCAGGAGGCCAUGUUGUCUAUUCUACCUGCUCACUCUCACACUUACAGAACGAGUAUGUGGUACAAGGCACCAUCGAGCUCCUGGCCAAUCAAUACAGCAUCGAGGUUCAGGUGGAAGACACGACUCACUUCCGAAAGAUUUUCAUGGACACAUUCUCUUUCUUCCCAUCCUGCCAGGUUGGAGAGCUGGUAAUCCCAAACCUCAUGGCCAAUUUUGGGCCUAUGUACUUUUGCAAAAUGUGUAGGCUGACCUAGCCUCACUCUGUUCCUGAAGCUCUGGUGUAGGAGGACACAGGGUGUACUCCCAUGGAGGCACCAGAAACCGAGACAAGUGGCAAAGAUGCACUCUGGGUCCUAUCUCCAUCCAGUUCAAGUCCUUCUGUAGACAGUUUUCAGCAGUAGAAAGUAGGAGUUUUUCUGUCCUGCUGUCCAAUUGUGGAGCAUCAGCAGGUUUCUAUCUUAUUACACCCCACCCCCAUCCCCCAUCACCAAGCCUGUGCUAAAGUGUCGUGCUCCAUUGGGGGCUUAGAAGGAAGAGCCAGUGAGCUGGCCCACACUUUAAGCUGUAAACUUGGGAAGAAGCAUUUAGCCAAUAAAAUUGUUGAAGCUCUAUAGAGCUGGGGCUGAAGUUGGGGGCCUCAUGUCAGUCCAAGUACUGUUAGUUUCCUUUGUACCAGCUGCUGCUACUGAGCACUAGCUCCCUGGUGCCCAAAGCCCAGGACCUCAGCCUGGUUACAGGCCUCUGAUUACAGAGCCCCUCUCACACUUGAGGCGAGUUCUUCUUGGUC